CUCCACUGCUCCUCCUCAGACGAUCAGAACACAUCAGCUGAAGAGAACCCACUCUCACUUCACACUCACAGACCAUGGAAAUUGCUAAGGCCACUCAGGGUCUCACCACUGCAGCAGAUAUGCGAGAGACCACCAAGAUGCUGAUGCAGCCUAAUGCAAACUGGGAAGAGUACCUGACUCCUGCCCCCCUCUCCAUCGCCAUCAUGGGGGAGCUCGUCUUCAUCUCCUCAUCUGAUGACUUCUCCAUCAACAAGAACCCCCCAGAGAAGGGCUACAAAUACAUACAAUACCCAGACUCGUUCAGGGCCUGCCUCAUGCAAAUCUGUAACUCAGGCUGGCAUGCAUUCAAUGAGGCCCACAAGAAUAUGGAUCAGAUCCGCCUUCACACAGCCACAGUUCCUGAUUACAUGAAGGCAGCAGUCAAGCUCCUUUUCAAUGCACCUGAUGAAGUUAUUGGCAAGCUCCUGCCAAAUCAGCUGGAAAACAUUCGCACCAUUGCAGAUGAAUGUGUGACACUGUCAGGCAGUGUUGAAAAGAAGUACACAGAUGUCAUCAACUUAAUCCAGGAACUACUGGCGGCCUGUGUCAAUGCUGAACGCUUUCAUGGAGAAGAGCUGGAGAAGGUGAAGAUGAAGAUUAAGGAAAAUGAAAUACGGGAGAAGACUGCCACUGAGCUUAAAGAACAGUCCAAGAAAGCAAUGGAGGCCAUGGAAAAGGAAAUAAAUGAAGCACAAGAUAGCUACAAGAAAGCAAUGGACUCUCUUCCCUCCGGAUGGGAAAUGAUUGGAAUGGAUGUGGUUGAAGGACUUUCAAAGGCAGUGACAGGAAUUGUUAAUGGAGUCGCUAACAUGGCAAGUACUCCAGUAAAAACAAUCAGCGAUUCAGUAGAAACAAUCUCAGACUCAUUCCAUCAAAGCAAAUCGCAAAAUGAAAACGUAGAUGUGCUCUCAGUCGGCUGUAAGUCUGCAGAGAUUCUUUCCAUUGUAGGAACUCUUACACAGUAUUUGAAGGAAGGGAAAAUAGCCUGGCAGGACCUGUAUGAUCAGAAAGCACAAUCCACAAAGACAAACUGGUCUGAAGCUCAAUUCAAAAGAAUCUCCGAGGCCUUAAUGCAGAUGAAAGGGAGCAAACUUCAGGAGGAUGCUCUGAAACUUUGUGAGCUGGGUAUUAACAUCUGUGAAGAACUGGCCACAUAUAAACCUGGUGAAAAUUGGGAUGACAAGAAAGAAGCAGAGCUCAUCAAGAAACUGAAGAAACUGGAUGACCAAUCCCUCAUCUUUGACACCAAAAGCAAAAAAGUAUUGGGCUCUCCAGCUUUUUCUCCUACAUCACCAAUGAUGAGCAAAGCACAGAGCAGCACAGGAGAUCAGUCUGCCAGUCAGAGAGCAGCAGAUAACGCUCGUUUCAAAAUUGAGCAGAGCCGAGAACAACUCAAGGAAACACGGGAGGCCUAUGAGAAGUCUGUGGAGAGAAUGGAGCGGAAUCAGAAGGAGCUGACUGAGAUCUUGGUUGAAAUGCAGAGCUGUAAGAUCAAGGAGAUUGACUUUGAAACCACCAUCAAGAUGCUGGUCAAGGGUCUCGAUGCCAUGGGCAGAGUCAAAGAGCAGUGGGAGAAGAUGGUGCGCUUCUUCCAGAUGAUCUCUAACAUAAUCAAAUGCAGCCUCAGCAAGACACUGAAAGAUUUUGUUUCAACAGCUGAUGAUACAAAGAAACUCAGUUACAACAAUAAACUAUUUGUCAAAGACAUGCUGUACAACCAGGCGUUCCAAGCCUCCAAUGUUGCCAGUCUGGUCCACAUGAUCUCAGGGACCUACACUGAAGUGUCCAGCAAGUACCUGAUGGACAGAGUGAGCAGCCUGGGCAAGCUCAUGGCCAUGGAUAAGGAGAAGCCAGAAUUCCUUCAAGAGCGUUUGGAGCUGCAACAGUCCUGCACAGCAGCUCAGGAGGGCAUCCUUAUGCUGGUCCUCAAGAACAAGAAGGAGUUUGAGAAGAAGACAAAUGACAGGAUGGCAAAAAUAGAGAAUGGUCUGAAAGCAAUUCUGCCAGCUGCCCCACCCCAGGAGACUGAGAGGAUCAAAGAAAUAGUUCAAGCUGGGUUUGGUGGAGGAGAAGAGGAUUACUACUANGGU